CUAGAUGAUAGUCAGAAGAGAUCGCAUUCAUCAUCAAGGCAAAACUAAUCGAGACUUCAAGUACACUGUUUCAUUUCAUUCAAGGAUGUAGGAUUCAUUGAAAAAUACUUCACAUAAUCAAAAUAGUUCUUUAGAUGGAGAUAGAAUAGCUACAUUAUCUAUUCCCAAAAAUAAGAAGUUCUCAGAAAUCUUAGACCAAAAAUCUAAAAGAAUUGUACAAUGCAAAGAUCCAGUUGAAGAAACUAAAACAUCUGCCAAAAAGUUUUACUAACAUCAUUUGAUCGGCUAUCCAAGGUAUUCUUCGUUGUGCAAAUUAGAUCCUCCAAUUUAGAAGAGAAGGAAUUGAUGAAACGAGUGUUUUGUGGUGAUUCUAAUACACUCUUCUUUGAUGAGGAACACAGACAAAGUUAAGAAGGUCCAAUUCAUAACAAAUGUAUAUUCUACAAUACUAAUUUAUUAGAAGAGCAAAAGGAGAAAUUGGCAUAACAGAAAAGAGAGGAGAAUACCACAGGAAUACAAGAAACCUAAUUAGUUGGUUUGGAGAAUAAGAAUACACUUGAAGGCAAAGUGGACAUCGAAAAAGUCAGAGACAUCAGAAGAGCUAUUAGAAGGAGGUAUGCCAAUAGAAAAAACUUCUAAAAGAUCUUCAAUUUGUGGGAUGAAGAUUCUAAUGGUGCUGUUAGUGUUAAAAAUCUAUACAACAUGAUAUAAAGAUUAGGCAUAAAUAUUAACAUUGACGAGGCAAGAGUUCUGUUGGCUAGUGCUGAUAUGGAUGGCUCUAGCGAUUUGGGAUUAGAUGAGUUUCUGGAUCUCAUUUUCAAUGAUAAGGAUGCUCUUAAUGUAAAUUUAAAGGCAUUGCCAGCAUUAACUGAGGAUGAAAAGGAUUCCUUAAUUAAAAACCAGGAGACCAUUGAUUAUCUCAGAAAAGAUGCUAUGUAAGCGAGAGAUAGGAGACAUUAAAAUCAAGUCAAUCUCAUUCUUAAAAACAGAGUAAUUUUAACUCACUAUAAUUUAAGUUAUAAUAAUUGGGACAAUAAUUAACUAUGCAGGAUGAGUUGUAGAAAGGAUAUAUAAGUUAUGGAAGAUUUGAAAGAGUCAUUAAGAAGUUAGAAAUAGAUCCCAGUAUAUUAUCUGAAUAGGAUGUCAAAAUCCUGUAUGAGAAUUUUAAAAACCAAGAUGACACCUUUGAUUAUAAAAAGUUCUUAAAUCAUUUGAAAUCAUUCUAAUUGAAGGAAGAAGUUUACGACGAUCCAUAUCAAAACAAAAACCAAGAACCAGUAGAUAAAAAGUAGCUAUUGCUAAAAAGUAUGAAAUAUUAAGAGGAUCAACUCAUUACACUAUUUGACAUCACAAGAUUAGAUGCCUACUCCUUGGAGAAGAUGAAGAAAAAGACUAAAACCCUUGUGAAUAAGAUCUAGAGAUAUAUCCCAUCACAUACUAAAUUUGAAGAAUUUCUAAAAGGUAAAAUCUAAGGAAAUAAUGUGAAUGUGAAGGAGUUCUCCCAUGUGAUCGUGCAAUUCUUGGAAAGUGUAAAUGAAAGAUACUAAAAAUUCGAUCUUGAAAGCAUGCUCAGUGUUUUGCAAUUUGGCUAAUAUGAAACAUAAAAGGCUGACGAAAUUGUUAGGAUAUUGUUUAAGUAUUUGAUAGAUCCACUUAAUUUAGUGAAACUGACUAGGAAUUUUACGAUAGGGCUUAGUUGAGACAGAAAGGACCAGCUCCACCUGAAAAGGUAUCCAAAGUUGACUAACCACUCCAAGCAAUAGAAAAUAAGGAGUAAGAUAUUGAAAAAUAAAUCUGUAUGAAUUUAUUAAUACUCCGAUAGAGUUUUAUAACUAGGAAGCAGGAAUGACGUGGUACCUACCCAACCAAACUAAGGAGUUGUCAGAUGUGUUGAUGAAAGUUGAGAAUUCUCUGUUUAAUAAAUCCGAAAGAGCGUAUAAACUAUUUAAAGAUUUUGACAAAGAUAAGGAUGGAUACAUCUCGCAGUAAGAUAUGAAAUAGAAAUUGGAGGAAAUGAAUAUACUCAAUGGAUAAGAAAUCGGAGUAUUAAUUAAUUAUGUUGAUCCGACUAACAAAGGAUAUGCAACCUUCAAUGAAUUUCAUGAGAAGCUCAGAGCUGGAAUGACCAUUUUCGAUACUGCAGGGAAUCAGUUGAUUUCAAUUAAUAGUUAACCAGGAAAGACAUUUCAAAGUGCAGCCAAAGCCUUCUUGCCUGAAUUGUCAAGAUUAACUGAAGAAUUCAAAAAACCUUUUAGACCCCAGACCAAUCAUACCGACAUCAGGCCUUCCACGAGGUUUGGAGCCACUCCUGCUUUCAAAAACACCUUUGAACACUUUGUUCCUCCGAAGACUUCUCCCAUGUUCAUGACUCAGGGGGAGAGAUUCUCAAAAAACAGGGAAUAAUUUAUUUAAGAUGAGAAAAGCCAUAACAACCAAAAAUAUGAAAGCAAACUUAAUAGAAUACGACAAUAUCAUCAAUCUAUAGAAUAAAGAAUUUAAUCUGCAUAAGAAUAAAGGGAUUAGAAGGAUGCAAGCAAUUUAAAAUCCAAAUAAAUGGCACAAUGGACAUAUGAACAUAAAGCCCAUCUUAAAAAUGAUUAUUUAUGA